GGCGCACAAACAGCACACCUUCAGAUGGAGAUGAAGUAACAGCAGCGGGAGACUGGCAGAGCUGCAGCAGCUUCUCCAACCAGGACCCGGAGCUUUUCUUCUUGGAGGGACACGCAGGUGACAGCCGCCGGCCGGGAAGUACCGCCGCCUCACCCCCCGGUAACGGUGGACGUGAUUCCAUCCGAUCGUUGAAGAGCGACAUCAGUCCCUCAAGAUGGAAAAUGCGCACAGCAAAUCCGCGGUGGAAGUUCUCAAAUACUUCAGUGUGCACGAGAACACGGGGCUGACUGUGGAACAAGUCAAAGACAGUUUGGAGAAAUACGGACCGAACGAGCUCCCAGCUGAAGAAGGUAAAUCCUUGUGGGAGUUGGUGGUGGAACAGUUUGAAGACCUCCUGGUUAGGAUCCUGCUGCUUGCCGCCUGCGUCUCAUUCGUGUUGGCUCUGUUUGAGGAUGGCGAGGAGACGACCACUGCCUUUGUUGAGCCCAUCGUUAUUCUCCUCAUCCUAAUUGCCAAUGCUGUUAUCGGGGUCUGGCAGGAGCGGAAUGCAGAGAAUGCCAUUGAGGCUCUGAAAGAGUAUGAGCCGGAGAUGGGGAAGGUGUACCGCAUGAAUCGCAGGACGGUGCAGUGGAUCAAAGCCAGAGAUAUCGUUCCUGGAGACAUCGUGGAGGUGGCAGUUGGUGAUAAGGUGCCUGCUGACAUCAGACUGAUAGCUCUAAAGUCAACGACUCUGCGAGUGGAUCAGUCCAUCCUCACAGGCGAGUCGGUGUCCAUCCUCAAACACACUGACCCCGUUCCUGACCCAAGAGCUGUCAACCAAGACAAAAAGAACAUACUGUUUUCUGGCACCAACAUUGCCGUUGGCCGUGGCAUAGGUGUCGUGGUCGCCACGGGGGUUUCCACUGAGAUCGGUAAGAUCCGCAAUCAGAUGGCGUCUACAGUACAAGAGAAGACGCCGCUGCAGCAGAAGCUGGAUGAGUUCGGCCAACAGCUAUCGAAGGUCAUCUCCCUGGUCUGCGUGGCCGUGUGGGUGAUCAACAUCGGCCACUUCGGGGACCCGGCCCACGGCAGCUCCUGGGUCACAGGAGCCAUCUAUUACUUUAAGAUUGCGGUGGCCCUGGCUGUGGCUGCCAUCCCCGAGGGUCUGCCUGCUGUCAUCACCACCUGCCUGGCCCUUGGCACGCGGCGGAUGGCGAAGAAGCACGCCAUUGUUCGCAGCCUGCCCUCUGUAGAAACGCUGGGCUGCACAUCAGUCAUCUGCUCAGACAAGACGGGCACCCUCACCACCAAUCAAAUGUCCGUGUGUCGGAUGUUUGUCACAGAUAAGGUAGUCGGGUCAAGCUGCUCCCUCCAUGAGUUCUCCAUAACUGGUUCCACGUACGCUCCUGAAGGACAAAUACUGAAAGGAGACACGCCUGUGGAAUGUGGAGACUAUGACGGACUGGUGGAGUUGGCCACUGUGUGCUCUUUGUGCAACGACUCUUCGCUCGACUACAAUGAGGCCAAAGGGGUUUACGAGAAGGUGGGUGAAGCCACCGAGACGGCGCUCACCACCCUCGUGGAGAAGAUGAACGUCUUUAAGGUCGACCUGUCCAAACUCACCAAGGUGGAACGUGCCGAGGCCUGCAACGCGGCAAUCAAGCAGUUGAUGAAGAAGGAAUUCACCCUGGAGUUCUCCCGUGACCGGAAGUCCAUGUCUGUCUACUGCACGCCUGUCAGGGAUGGUUCCCAGAGCAAGAUGUUUGUCAAGGGUGCCCCGGAGGGCGUCAUUAAGCGGUGCAAAUUCCUCCGGGUGGGAAAAGACAAGGUGAUGCUGACCACAGAGCUGCGGGAGCAGCUGAUGACCAAAAUCAGGGAGUGGGGGACGGGCAGGGACACCCUGCGCUGCCUGGCACUGGCCACCCGCGACUACCCGCCCAGCAGAGUCACCAUGGAUUUGGAGGAUUCCACCAAGUUUGUAGACUAUGAGUUGGACCUCACGUUUGUUGGCUGUGUGGGCAUGCUGGACCCACCCAGGAAGGAGGUGAUCGACUCAAUAAAACUAUGCAGGCAUGCUGGAAUUCGCGUUAUCAUGAUCACUGGAGACAACAAGGACACAGCCAUCGCCAUCUGCAGACGAAUUGGCAUCUUCGGCGAAAAUGAUGAGGUGGAGGGGAGGGCCUACACAGGCCGCGAAUUUGAUGACCUCUCCUCAGACGAGCAGCGGGAAGCUGUGAAACGGGCACGUUGCUUCGCUCGCGUUGAGCCAGCUCACAAAUCGAAGAUUGUCAGCUACCUGCAGUCAUUUGAUGAAAUAACCGCCAUGACAGGAGAUGGUGUAAAUGAUGCUCCGGCUUUGAGGAAAGCAGAGAUCGGCAUUGCCAUGGGCUCUGGCACAGCAGUGGCAAAAUCUGCAUCGGAGAUGGUGCUUUCUGAUGAUAACUUCUCUACCAUCGUGGCUGCUGUGGAGGAGGGCCGUGCUAUCUACAACAACAUGAAGCAGUUCAUCCGAUACCUCAUCUCCUCUAAUGUGGGGGAAGUUGUCUGUAUCUUUUUGACGGCCAUCCUCGGUCUCCCUGAAGCUUUGAUCCCAGUUCAGCUGCUGUGGGUUAAUCUGGUGACCGAUGGCCUUCCUGCCACCGCGCUGGGAUUUAAUCCUCCAGACUUAGACAUUAUGGACAAACCGCCACGCAAUCCCAAAGAGUCACUCAUCUCUGGCUGGCUCUUCUUCAGAUAUCUGGCCAUUGGAGGAUAUGUGGGCCUAGGAACAGUGAGUGCCGCCAUGUGGUGGUACCUCUUUGACCAAAACGGUCCACAAGUGUCCUUCUAUCAGCUGAGACACUUCAUGCAGUGCACUGAAGACAACCCCAUGUUCCAGGGCAUAGACUGUGCUGUAUUUGAAUCUCGCUACCCCACAACCAUGGCGCUGUCCGUACUCGUCACCAUCGAAAUGUUCAACGCACUCAACAGCCUGUCUGAGAACCAGUCUCUGGUUCGAAUGCCUCCCUGGGUCAAUAUUUGGUUGCUCGGAGCCAUCGUCCUCUCGCUCUCCCUCCACUUCUUAAUCCUGUAUGUGGAGCCGCUGCCGCUAAUCUUCCAGGUGACCCAGCUGCACUGGUACCAGUGGAUUGUGGUGCUGAAGAUUUCUAUCCCAGUCAUCAUCCUGGAUGAGUCUCUUAAAUACAUUUCCAGGAACCAUCUAGAAGAUGAAGAUGCAAAGAAAUAUCGGCAGAGGCAGCUGGACUAAGACCCUCCCGCACAGUCAGACACACCUUCCCUAUUAUUUUGCUAGUGCUAUUAUUAUUGUUAUUUUAUUUAGAAGCCUUUUUCCUCCUCGGUCCCCAGUCCUGCAUGUACAACAAACCACCGCUAGAUGUGAGCAAGGUUUGUCCGAGCAGCCCAACUCCCCGCCUUUUCAACAUUUCUGCCUUUCCGGUUUUUGACUGCACAAAUACAAAAUGCAACGCUGCAGGAACUGGAUCUUUCAGGGAGGGAGGAGAAGAGAGGAUGGGGGAGUCUUCUGGGACUGGGAGGGGGAGGGUUGGUCCAAGUCGGCGCAGAGAGAGAUGGAGAGGCGACGCCUGCCGAGACUGGUCGCCACUGAACAUAAAAGCUGUGGGUGGUUGUGACCUUCACAGGCGUAGCGGCGUAGCUGUGCACGAGGCAGUUUUCUAAAGAUACUGCUCAAUCAUCUGCGGCCAUCACGACCAGCUCUGCAGGAGGGCAGCAUCAUCGGCGUGUCCCAGCGCGGCUCCUUCUUUCUCUUUGCGCAUACACACACACACACACACACACACACACAAAAAGUCCUACUCAUGAUUUUUUCUCUCUCUCUUUCUGUGUGUGAGUCUGAGUUGAGUGUGGAUUUGUGUCUCUGCUGCUCGCUUGCUUCCUUCUGCUCUCACACGAGGAGCUGAGGUCAGCUCCCACAUUUGGCAAGAUUUAAAUUAAAAUGCUAAAUACAGUACAUAAAAGUGAUCUGUCUUAGAGCAGCGUGUGUCAGCCAGUCCACCUGCUGCGCUGAUGUUCACGUUUUAGCUGUCACUGAAAGUACACUUAUUAAAAUAUCCUUUAACUUUAGCAGGAUUAUAGCCUUACUUGAAUUAAUUUGGUAGGUGAAAUGUUUCCGGGAAUUACUAGAUGUCUGGAGGUGGAGCAGCACCACUGUUCAUAUCAGGCAUUAUGCUAACAUGGCGGGUUUAAUAGCUGAUGGGCAGAGUUAAAGAAAACACUAAACGUGGUUAGCAUGAGCGCCUGCAGUCACACGUUAGCAGAUAGUAUUCGUAUAACUGUGGCUAAUGCUAACAAUGGUUGAUCUCAACUGUUAUGUACUCUGUUACCAUUAUCUGAGGCUAAUGUUUCUACACACAACAUAUGCUCAUGCUAACUAUACUUAGCUUUCUUUAAAGUGUGACAUAAAUAGCGGCUAAUGCUAUAUCCUGAAAUCUGUAAUUCCCAAAAACCUUUUGUCUUUGGACUUGUUUGAUGGUUUUCUUCAGUCUUUGGUUCAUGGAGAUCUUGUGGAGACACUCUGCCGUAAUUGUUCAAGUUUGAAAACGUGUCUUUUAAUCAUUAUUGUCAGUCCUGAGGAAUUGUUUAACACCACACGGACUGAAAGGCCAAAAGAAACGGGUGUUGUAGCCAUCAUGCUUGUUUUAAAUUGUAAUUUCUGGAACUGAAACCAAAACCAUCUUGUGUGUUGCACAUAUUCAAAAUUGGCAAAAUUUGUAUUUUUCCAUCUAUAACUGUUUGCCAAAGUAAAUUAUUAAAAACAUGUCCAGUUCUAAGCAAACAACCUUUUUUUUUUUUAAACAGUCUGCUUAGUUAUGGAGACUGAAAUAAAACUGCAGGUUUAAAUGUAAAGUUGACCUUCAAAAAUAAGUCACAAAAUUUGCUUUGUGUCAAUAAUAUUAGUACUAAUAGUUUUUUUAAAGCCCAUUUUUAACAUCCGUUAAUAAUUAUACCCGUUCUGUUUGUGUUUUGUUUUGUUUGUUUUGUUUUUAAUCUUCGGUUCGUCCAUGCCUUAUGAAGCCCACUGCACCGCCACAGUAAUUGUGUGGUCAAAAUGUAUGUUGUCUUCACAUCACCACAACAGUGAUUUUUCAGGGGGACCACUUUUAUAGACUCUGAAUGUCUGAGGCAGGUGAAACGGGAAGCACUUGCCCUUCUUGUGCGCCGCUCCCUCAGCUCCUCCUGCACGUACUUUGUGCUUUAGCAACUCAUCUGGGAAACAUUUUAUGAUAAUUAAAUAAUGAAUUUGACUGAAUGAGAGCAAACACUUUGUGAUGUAAUGUCUAAUCUCUGGGUUUGUUUUUGGCUCUGGCGCCCUUUAAGCUGCAUCAGGUUCCUAAUGGCUAACAUCUGUUUUUAGUCCCUCCUCCCUUCUUCUUCCAGUUAGAUGAGUGUGAUAAAGUGAUGAAUUUACACAAACAAAAUAUAACCCGCACAGCUCACUGUGUGAUUGAUGAAGUGUUUUCACUGAAACAAAAAGAUUCAUCAGCUAUAACCUAAUUAACGCUUUGAUUUAACUUUUGAGGGUUACUGAUCAAAAAUGGAAGUAUGUAGAGCUUGUUUUUGGCUGCUUCCAGAUCUGAUUUUAUCAAACAAGGCUGAAAUCUAAUAUACUCAAAUCUAACGAAAGAAUCCAACUUUGUAAUCCUUGUUAAUGUUGCGUUUGUUACUCCAUGAGAUAACUGGCGAAAAGUUGUUCAGUCGUUGUAUCCUGAGAGUAAAAGUGGAGUACAGUCAUUAAGUUUAACAGCAAUUACCAGAUUUCCAGAUGUAAAGCGUCUCACUGUUUAUCCCAGAUAAUGGUUAAAACACAACACAAACCUCAGUUGAUAGAAUAAUUAACUCGCGUUAGUGUCACUUUAUGUGCUAAUGUUUACCACUAACGUGCUAACACCCACGACCAUUAGUGAUCUCUUUAAUACAGCAUGCCAGUAUUACAGAAAACAACUGUAGUUAGAAUGACCACAUGCCGUUCAUGCAUUGGCUGUUAGCAUAAGCUAUUAACGUGCGCUAACACUACCACUGGUUGAUAGUAUCAAAGUACCUCACAGUAGUGUUGACCUUAGUUGGCAUCAACCGCUAACCGUUAGCACGACUGGAUGCUCUAAUGCUAACCAUUAACACAUGUGCUAACACGACCGGCAACUAGCAUUUUCUUUAAUAUGGCCCAUCAGUCGGUCAAUAAAAUCGCCAUGUCAACAUAAAAAUACCUAAUGUAAUAAUCAUUAUUCUCUGCAUCCAGAAUUCUGGAAAUUCAAGAAAAACAUACCUCUAGAGAAAAUUCAAGUAAGGCUAUUAUAAGGUGGCGUUUUAAAAAUAAUAAUGAUAAUAAAGUGGCAUAAUUUCAUGACUUUUUUUUUUUAACCACUUACUUAAUUUGGAGUUCUCCCAUGAGGAUCCAGGUCAGUUCUGUUUUGGGUCUCCAGGAGCCCCUCGUGGCUGCUGUAACGUCAGCACCAACAGGCCCGCUAUGUGUGUUUAGCUGCGUUACUUACUACUGAAUCCUCAACUGUGUACAGAAGAGAAUAUGAUUGCAUGGAACCUUAUUACUGUAAUAAUAACAGUAUGUAAUAUUUAAUUUUUUUUGAUAAAUUACAUCAACAAAACCAACUUAACAGGAGAACUGCGAGAAACGUUUUUUUUUGAGCACAUGGUAUCUAGGAUUUAAGUUUUUGUAGAGUAGAAUGUUUCUUCAUUGUUGCUUACUGGUUUUUACAGUUUCUGGGGGUUUUGUGUCUUUUACUGUAGGGGCAAAAAAAAAAGUCACAUUCAAGAUAGAUGAGAAUCACGUUUAUGCUAAUUAACGAUGAGGAUGCUGAUCGCUUUCAGCGAUAUAUAUCUGGUGUGAGAACAUUAAGGAGUUUGUUUUGUUUUGAAUGAACUGUAUCUGGUUUACACUGAACGGUAAAGCAGCAAUGAAUCCUGGGAUAUGAAGUUUUAUGAUUGUACAUUGAAGGGCUCGGUGUGGAUACAGUCUCUAGAGACCCAUGACAGUCCUCAUCCUGCAUAGUACUCAAAUAAAUAAAUAAAUGAAUAGAAAUGCAAAAAAAUAAGAAUGAACCCAAUUAACAGUAAAUGAGUGAUUUAUGAAAUUGGCUCAGGAAUCACUUCCCUUUUAUCGGUCUAGACAAAUCAACUGUCUCUAGAGCCUGAGUCCUAACUCUUAAAAAAACUUAAAGGAUUCUCUGUAUUGCCUUGUUAAUAUUCAUUGUGGAGACAUAAUUUUAUAAAUGAAAAAGAUGUAGAAUAAAGAUUAUUAUCUUGUUAUUUA